ACAGUUGUGUUUCUUAAACAGCAAAUGAGCUCUCUUCUCAGUUGUUGCUUCUCAUGUUCCACAGCUGAGCCUCAUUAUAAAAAAAAGAAGAUCAUAAGCUACAGGGCUGAACUCUUGGGAGUUCUGGUCACAAGGCCUUUACUGGGUUUUCUGUGUCUCCAAGAUUAUAUUGUGAAGAAAUGUGGAACACCCAUUCAGUAGAUUGCCUGUAACGAGCCACUCUUUUUUCGUGCUCAAGAAAAGGAGAGGAGCACAGGAAGAAAUCCUCUGGUAUUUUAAACAGGCAUGUUUUAAAUUUACUCUCUGUUUGGGAAGAGGCAGUAAUGUCUUGCCAAUCAGAAGAGGACAUCUGAAACCACUUCAGCCAGGAGUACAAAAAUAAAAUACAAAUGUUUGCAAUGUUCGUGGGUUUGUCUGUGCUGUGACCUGCCUCGAACCACAAGGAGAGGCAGAUUACUGCACCUGUGGUUUCUGCUCCACAGGGAGUGGCACAUAAAAAACUGUCAUCCAUAUUCAAGAGCUGGAAAGAAAGAAGAUCAAAAAAGGUUGCAGUGAUAGUCUGCGGAAACAUUUACAGGACCAUGCUUUCCAGCUAACCCAGGCAUGAAAAGAAAAACAGUCCAGUAUUCAUGGCAGCCAGUACUGCAGAACAACAUUACUCCAUGUGAUCGAUUCAAGCAUGCCACCUGUAUCUGCAGGGGCUUUGUUUAUAUUUAUGGUGGCCGGAAAAACACAACCCUGAAUGACUUCUGGAGGUACAAAAUAGAGAGCAAUGAAUGGGAGAAAUUGGACAAUUCAGAAGAUAGCCCAGAAGAACUGGAAGAGCAUUCAAUGGUGGAAUAUCAGGAUGUUCUCUAUAUUUUUGGUGGAAUGGUAGACUCUGCUUUCACACAGAAGAAGAAUCCUCUCUGGAUGUAUGACACUGAUAGAACCAAGUGGAUGGAGCGCCAGCUCACAGCAGUGGAGGGUGAGGGAACAGCCCCUGCUAAUCGGAAGGGUCAUAGUGCAGUUGUCUACAGAGGCAGCAUGUACAUGUAUGGUGGAUAUGUUGACCUUAAGGGUACUUCCCAAGAGUUCUGGACUUUAUGUUUCGAUACAAAGCAGUGGGCCCCUCUCCCAGCAGCAUCUUAUGGCAACAAUCCAGGCCCCCGGCAUGGUCACUCGGCUGUGGUGUAUGGUAGUAGCAUGUACUUGUUUGGAGGGCUGAUGGGACUGACUGAACAAAAGGACUUCUGGAAGUGGGAUUUCAUGGUUGCCAACUGGUCUAAUAUCAAAUGGAGCCAGGGACCUCCCAAAAUGGUGGGGCACUCUGCUUUAAUCUUCAAAGAUUCUAUGCUGGUCUUUGGUGGAGGAGUAUUUAAUACCAGGCCGAGCAGUACUUUGUGGAAAUAUCAUUUUCCUUCUCAAAUGUGGAAAAAACUGGCUAGCCUGACGGAUCCUUCUUGCAAAUCGUAUCACUGCACUUUGGGCAUUGGAUUAGGUUUCUCAGGAACUGAUGAUGCUCCAAGGACACCAACCAGCUAUUUGCACCCAAAGGAGAAGGGCUGUUCAAAACUGCUAGCUAUCUCUAAGCAGCAUGCCUGUUUCUGCGAGAACCACCAAGAGCCUAGCUAUAAGACAUUCAGCAAUGAGGAUGGCAAUGAAAUAGAAAUGAAAACUUUUCGCCAUUCUCAGGAACAGACAAGAUUCUGUUUAUUCCAUACCACUUCCAGUGAAGAGAUGAUUGACAAGCAGGCAGUAGACAUCUGGUGCAGGAAAGAGAGAACAACAUAUCUCAACCUUGCAAUGGAACAAGAAUUUUCCACCACUGAUCUGACAGAAAAAGACGACAGUUUCAGCUGUUCACAGCCUGGCAGUGUGGAUCCUGGGGAGCCCUCUGCUGUACUGCUUCUGGGAGGUAAACCUUUGUCUGGUUCCUCAGCAAUUUCAUUCUGGCAAAUGGAGCUGUAAAGCACUUCAAAUGUCUUGUGUAGAGGCACCAGGAAGAGAGAACAGGAGCAUGCCAGGCCUCUGUGAAGUCAGCUACCAGGAAAUACCAUCUGCACUUUAGCUGUUUACAUAUCUUGUCAAGAAAUCCUGGUAUCACUUUCUUAAUCAAUGGAAUGUAUUUGUGAGUUACAAUUAUGUUCUUCCUGGAGUCCUUCACUUUAGAAAGACACCAUGCAGCUGGUCUCAAUGAAUCUGUAUUGACGUUGGCCUGCACUUCAAUGCUGCAGAAUGUUCCAUUGAACAUGCUGAAUGUUACUGUAUUUAAUUUCUAUUUCUAUAUAUACACACACACAUACAGUAUGUAUGUAUGUAUAUAGCGCUUUUAGAAUGUCCAAAGCCGUUUGUAAGUUAUCCUUGCAAGGCAAUUUUACAAGAACUUGUGAAGAUGAAUCAGUAUUAUCCUUAUGUUUUAAAGAUUUAGUAGCAAUAAAGGGUAGCAGCUUGCCCACAGACUUUGACUUUGUGGAUGAGAUGAUAACUUAAGUGGGAGAUGUUAUGCUUAAAAGUUCCAGCUUCUUGGCUAAUAGGACACACUGCUUGAAUUUGCAUCAUCCCUACAUAUAAAUCAGGAUAGACUUCACCCUAUACAUAAAAUUUAAGUCUCCCUUUGCCAAGUAAUUUUAAUCUCCUAAAAAAAACAGACUCGAUGAGACUAUUCCAAGAUAAGUAUACAUCUCUUAUUAGGCAAAAAACCAGACUGACCACCUACUGAGUAGAAUUCUUCCUUAUCCCCUUCAAGAUAGUAGGGGGAUAAGGAAGACCAGAUUAAGUCAUGCUGAGGCCCUAAAUUAUGUCAAGUUUAAGUGAACCCAUUACCUUUGCCAUCCCACACUGUAACAUAAACCUUUACUUGUCUUUUUCCUUUUCUGGUGUUUACAGCCCUUGUAGUAUACAAGGCCCUAAAAGUAGCUUAUUUAAUUUGUGUGUGUGUCUGGCUUUGCAUAGCAUUUCCCCCCCCCCCCCCCCAAUCUGCAAUCAUAUGUACCAAAAACAGCCCAGUUUCUAUUCUGCACCCUCCUGGCUGUUCUCUAAAUUUAUACGAAGAUACAGUGUUCCCCAUAUCUUUCAAGACACCACAAGAUGAUAAUUCAUCCAUGAAGGGUUUACUCAGUGAAGGCAUCCAGUAUAUAGCUGCAAUUAAGGAAAGCAAUGUAAUUGAUACAGACUAGAGCAAAUAGUUGUUACCAUGCAACUGAUGUAAAUUUAGGAGUACCAGGAAUCUCUUUCCAUACCUUACGUGUAUCCUUCAUGCAUGCACACAUUUGAGUCUUCUGUUUGCAUUCAGGCUGAUUUUACUCCAUCUAAUGGUAGUAAAUAUGCAAAGGGGUUUUCCUCAAUUUUGGCUCAAACAAGGGUAAAUGUAAUGUUAUAUAUUUUCUUCAGACACUUUGAAAAGCAGAUGAAUCAAUCAAAGAUCUUUCAGUCUCUAUGAAAACAUAAAUUGUAUGUUCUAUGCAGAGAAAAUAUUGAUUGUGCAGACAUAUAUAACAUACACAGUCAACCCUUCUCGUUUUCUGGGAUUGGGGGCACAGGUCCAAUUGUGUCUCCACCAUAUUGUAUUACUCAUCUUUGUCAAUGGCUUAUAAGACAUUUAUUUUUACAGUCAGCCAAUCUUCUGUACAGGAAAGCCAAAAUGGCUCUCAUUUUGUCAUCAACAACCAGUGAUAUUCAUUGCAUAUUUAGCUGAAUGGCUGCAGCAGAGAUAAGAUUAGAGACCCACAAGGAUACUUUUCAUGUGGAUGGACAGGGGGGAAAAGGCAUUUCAGUUGCUAAAGUAUGUGGCUGCAGUGCUGCUCACCCAUAUAGUAUGUUUUAUCCAGUAUGGUAAAUCUAUAGUCCUUUCAUCAAUGAGGUUUGAAGGGUUCACUGUGAAGAGCUGGCGUUUUUGUUAGAGGUGGAAAAUAACAUUUGGCAGAGGAUGAGGCUGAUAAAUGAGCAGUAGCUGGAAAUGCCUUUCCUGAGCUUUUUCUCUAAUGCUUUAUCAGUUUCAUAAAUCCUGAACUCUAAUCAGUAGAGCAGAGACUUCUCUAGCUGUAUUACACUUUCAUGAGUUAUAUGUUUUGUUUAUAACUUGCCAAAUCUAUGCAUAUCAAAUGUUUUUUAAAAAUAAACAUGUUUUGGUGUACAUGUUAUUUUCUACUACUACAAAUAAUACUUGUUUAAUGAAAGAUUUAAAGUUGAA